AUGGCUGAUAAGGAAAUCACUACUUUUGUAGUGGAUAUCUCUUCCUCAAUGGGAGUAUCUUCCUCUCCUGCAUCUAGGGAACUAUCGGAUCUAGAUUUGGGAUUGAAGUACUUGUUUGAUGUUGCAUCUGCCAAAGCAAUUAGAGGUAGGAAGACUGACUUUAUAAGCGUGAUUGCCGUACAUUCACCUGAAACGGAAAACCCGUAUUCCAGCGAUGACUCCUUUCAAAACAUUGAAAUUGUCUCCAAGAGGAUUGCUCCUAUAAGCUAUGUAGACUUGAAAAAUAUUCAUAGUAAGCUUCAACCGAACCCAGUGCCUAACUCCGAAUACCUGGAGAAUCAGUUGGGUGAUGUAUUUGAAGGACUAGUUUUAGCUGUACUGUUGCUAAAAGAUACGCUGAAACUUAAAUUUAACAGAAAUAUUGUAUUAAUAACUAACGGGGAGUCAUCAAUCACUUCAUUUGAUUCUCAGUUGGCUGGUCCAACGUUAUCUGCCAUGGAGAAGCUUUCAAUAAAUUUGCUAGUUAUUGGGAUAGAUUUCGAGAAUGUGGAUCAUUUCAGUGAUAUCAAACGUAAAAACGUAGCAAAAUGGCGAGACAUUUGUGCUAAUUGCUAUAAUGGUAAAUUGAUAACCGGAAAUGAGGCGCUACAAUCGAUUUUGUAUCACCCACCUUUGAAAAAAGUUAGACCCAUGAAGGCAUUCAAGGGCCAACUUCGAUUGGGUAUUGAUUACCAAAAGUUAUUAAAACACUCUAAGAGAGAUACUUUCAAGGUUGAUGUUAAAAAGGAGGAUAUAGAAGAGUCCUACGAGCCUGAUUUAGAUACUUUCAGCUUAUGUCUAAAUGUAGAAUGCUACCCUGCUACCAAAAUCGAGCUGCUUCCAAGUGGUCACUCUUUUUUUGUGGAUAAGUCCAAGAAUGCUUCCAAAAUUUCACAAAUAAGAGAGUACUAUAUUGAAACCGCUAAGGAGAAAGAUGAAGCAGAAAAAGAACUUGGGACAAGACAUUCGACCAGUAAAGUGAAAUCAGAAGAAGAUCCCGAGGUUAAAGUCGAGGCUAUUCAAGAUUUUGAUAAAAUUAAAGCAUUCAAGUAUUCAAAUUAUGAUUUAAUACCGUUGGAUCCUGGUCUUGAAGAAGCUACUACUUUAAAAUCAAUUGAAGGGAUAGACAUAGUAGGGUUCUUAAAGAAAACGUCAUUCCUGUAUGCAUACUUGACUGAGGAAUCAUUUUACGUGAUACCGGAAUCCAACUCACUCAUGCGAAGCGUAGUUGGAUUUAAUUCCUUUUGUCUGGCGAUGAUAGAAUUAGAAUGUUAUGCAAUUGUCCGUUAUGUUCAAAAGGAAAAUUCUGAAGUAAGAAUGUGCGUACUAUUACCAUAUACUGUCGAAGUUGAUGAUGGUGAGUUUGUUUACACAUGUAGUAUGGUUAGAAUUCCGUUCAAGGAAGAUGAAAAAAUUGGUAGAUUCCCAUUUUUGACCCCUAAACAAAAGUCGAAUAGAGACCAAGAAGAAAAUGGUGAAGCUGAAGAGAGUGUCAUAACUUAUCCUUCAGAAGAGGUAAAUAAAUUAAUGGAGUCAUUUAUCCUAUCAAGAGACUUGGACAAAGAAGACAGUCACACCUCCAAUACCAAUAUUUCAAUACCUAAGACUGUCUCCUCUGCUAAAUCUGCUUCCCUUCUUCCUGUUCCCCCAGAAAGACCUUCAGAUUCUACAGACUCCAAGCUUUUGUCCAACUCGCCGGCAAUUCACAAGUUCAACAUUAAUUUACGUCGAAUGAUCAUUGCAACAUUAUCGAAUGAUGAUAUCAAUGACGCUUUAAAUGACCCAGAUUUUGUACAGAAAUAUCUCGUUUCAAAGGAAACCAAUUUGUUCAAUUUGUCCAAUGUCUUACUGUUGAAUUCAAGUAGCGAUAAAGAGUGGCUAUCCAACUUGAAUCUCAAGUCUAACCCAAUUGCUAAAGAGCUUAUUAAGGAGCUAGAUGUGAGGUAUAUUACCAAGGAAGAAGCAGAUCAGCGUGCUAAUAAACGUAGAAAGGGAGCUGGCACCAACGUUCACUCUUUAUUCAGCAAAAACCCACAAGGUACAUUUGGAGCUAAUGAAGGAGAUUAUGACGCUAUGCCAGAUUUAGAUAAUUUAUUAAAUGGCUGA